UGAACUUUUUAAAAGUUGCCGAAUUUAUGAAUUUUUCGCAAAUAACCUUUGAAAAUGACCGAGCAUAAUAUCCCGUUCCAGUUCGGUAUAUGGGUGGAAGGAAAUGGAACGGUCGUUAAGCAGCACAACAUACCGAAUGGAUCCGGAUUGUCGUCACUGCAAGUUAUUCCUGUAGACCAACCUUUAGUGCCUCCACCCGGUCAACUGGCAGCGCAAUGCGUAGCUCAUGUUAGCCUGCCGACAUGGGAAACCGGCUGCACAAGCCUGGAAAAAGAAAAGGAAUGGUGCAACAACGCUCUUGCCAUUCUAAAUCAGGAUGUGAAGGCCAUAAUAAUCUCACCAGAAGUGAGUUUGCCCUUUAAACAUCACCAACUGGCUUUUGCCUUGAGCCGUCUGCUGGAGAAGAACUGGCCUAUGCAGCCGCGCGAUCCACAGAACACCAAAUCAAAGGUCAAGUUAGAAUCGGUACUGUUGGACAGCCAUCAUGGACGAACACCCAUUGAUCCUUUUAAUCCCCGCUCCAACCGCCAAAUUUGGAUUCGUGUUCCCCUGUUUCACCAACAGUGCAAAACUAUCGAUGAAGUUUACGAUGAAGCUUGGCAAUGGUGGACCAAUCUGCGGAAAGCGGCGGGGGUCAAUCCGAAGCUGGCGCUAAUGCUGGAUUUUGGUCCCGAAUUACCUCAAUCCCAUAAUAAAAUUAGUCGGUGGUUUGGGGAGCGUUUGCGUGCUGCUGUUUUACCGGAUGAGUGGAGCAAUGGAAUACUGUCCAAGUCCAUGCAAAUUCUGCUUCAGCAUCUGUAUCGAGUCCCCCAAAACGGACUCUUCUUCCGCAGCCGCAGCGACAAUCCGGAUUUUGCCGCUCAGCUGCGUCAUGCUGGACAAAUUUUUGCGGAAUUCCGCAAAAACAUUAUCGAUCCUAAACACUAUGACGAGAUGGCUUCCGUGCCGGAUAAUCCGAUUUUCGCCCUGCAGCCAUUGCAGGAUCACAUCAGCGAGGGCGUUUACGCAAUCUUCGAAUCACUGGAGCAGAAAUACGUGGACUAUCAUAUGGCCAUAUAUGCGUACCUCAAAGGUCAGCUGGAACGCGGCACAUUGCAUGAGCCGUUUGUAGCGAUGGUGGUGGGUGCCGGGCGCGGUCCACUGGCCUGGGAAUUUAUCCAAGUAGCCGAUAUGCUGAAAAUCAAGUGGAAGCUCUAUUGCAUCGAUAAAAAUCCUAUUGCCAUUGAAGUCAUGAAAAAACGAUUGGAAGCUCAGUGGAAACCCUAUAAAGAGCAUAUCACCAUCGUUUUCAUCGAUAUGCGUCAGUUUCACACAGACGACAAAGCCGAUCUAAUUAUUAGCGAAUUAAUCGGAUCGAUGGCUUGUAAUGAAUGCUCCCCUGAAUGUAUUGACGGCGCCCAGCGACUACUAAAGCCGGAAGGUGUAUCCAUUCCGUGGGCGUACGACAGUUACGUGCAGCCGGUAAUGAGCAUUCCGUAUUGGGAGGACAUUCACACGCUGACAUCGUCAGGAUAUCGCGUGGAGAACGAGAUGGCCAUUGUGUCACCUAGAAAUUUCACCGCAAUUGCGAGGUAUCAGAAGGCUUGGCGAUUCCAGCAUCCAAACUACGAACCCCAUACUAACGAGCGAAAUGUCACGUUGAAAUUUGUGGCCGAGGACGAUUAUAUUCUGACUGGAUUCACGGGAUAUUUUGAUAUGCUCCUAUAUGGGAAUGCUUCGUUCAAUAUUUUACCUGACCGGCAAACUGUGGGAAUCGGCAGUGAUCCCAACUGGUUUCCCGCUUAUUUCUGCUUGUCGAAGGAAGUAGCUGUUAAGAAAGGUCAAGAAAUUAUCUUUUCCUUGGCGCGACGAUGUGAUCCGGAGAAGUCUCGUGUAUGGUACGAAUGGGCUUUGCUCGCACCGGAACUGCUUCCUCUGCAGAAUUUUCGUCCUGAUUACUGGCUAGGUCUCAAACCAGACAAUAACAAAAGCUAAAACAUUAUGGUUUACAAUUUAUGCAAUAAUUCGGACUUAUGGUUAGCACUUUUUGAAUGCUGUUGUUGAUAUGACUUGUAGUAGCUGCAUGGCUAUUGAUACGAGACGCUUGAUGUGCGAAAUACGAGUACAAUACUUACCAAGUUUAGUGUGAAUUAAUUGCCUCUUAACUACAGUAACAGCGAAAUGGUCGAUCACCCAUCAACA